AUGGGUCUCAGAGCUAGUAUUAUCAGCCUUGCUCUCGUGGUGCUAGCAAGCACAACUUGUGCUGCCCUUGGUCAAAAAACCAAUCCGGCAGUUGAUCUGGGCUACGCGACAUACCAAGGCUCCUACGACCCUCUAUAUGACUUACACAUUUUUAAAGGUAUCCGAUAUGCUGCCCCUCCAGUUGGAUAUCUGAGAUGGCAAGCACCACAGGCUCCUUCUGUAAAUAGGGCUCGUAUUAUAUCUGCGACUGAACAGCCGCCAAUUUGCCCUCAGUCUGGCGGUGCAAAGCUUCCAACAGAAUAUGGAUUCAACUCCGCUCUCGGCGAUGAGGACUGUCUGUUUCUUAACGUGUAUGCUCCGUCGCAUGCAAGAGAUCUCCCAGUUCUACUCUGGAUCCAUGGUGGUGGAUAUGGACUUUACGGGGCAGAAUACGACCCAAGUGAUUGGAUAAAGACCAACGACAAUGGCUUUAUUGCAGUUAUGAUCCAGUACAGACUAGGUGCAUUUGGCUUCUUAUCUUCCGAAGAUGUAUACAAAAAAGGUAAAACCAACGCCGGUCUGUUAGACAUGCGUUUUGCUCUUGAGUGGGUACAAAAUCAUAUCUCGAAUUUCGGUGGUGAUCCUUCUCGCGUGACUAUUGGGGGUGAAUCCUCUGGUGCUGGUGCGGCAAUGCUGCAGUCCAUGGCUUAUGGCGGCCGAGAAGACCAUCUUUUCAAUAAUAUUAUUGCCGCAAGCCCAUAUACGCCGACACAGUAUAGGUGCAAUGAUGAAGUGCCAACUGGCCAUUAUCAUGAGUUUGCGAGGCAUGCAGGGUGUUACCAUGAUGGAGAUUCCAAUCAUUCAAGUAUCUUUGACUGUCUUGUCAAGGCGGACACUAUCACGCUUCAACAUGCCAGUGGAAACGUUUCAACUUCUGGUGCAUGGGGCACAUUUGCCUUUCUACCCGUCAUUGAUGGAGACUUCAUCCGGGAUCUACCAUCGAAGCAGUUGCUAGAGAAGAAAGUGAGCGGAAAACGGGUUUUAUCAGGUAGCAACGCCAAUGAUGGUGUCCCGCUAAGUCCACCAUACAUCAAAAGUGCAGAGGACUUUUUGGCAUACAUCAAAUCUUCAUUCCCUCUUUUCACAGAGGUCGACUUCAACCACCUUCUUAGUAUUUAUGGCUUCAACUCCUCUUCUCCCACCAGCAAUAAGCUCCUCUAUGAUACCCUCGGUGAUAGAGGCCUAACCGCCAACAAUCAAUCCGAGUUCUCAAAUGGGCUUCAGCAGACGGUAUUCAACAUCUUCGCUGAAACAGCCUUCGACUGCCCAUCAUACUGGCUCGCCGAUGCAUUCUCAGCGAAUGAAACCACAAGCUGGAAAUAUCAAUACUCCGUCACUCCCGCCUACCACGGUGCAGACCUGACAGCUUAUUUUUCUGUUGGGGCAACGACACCCACUCGCAGUCUCAUGUACGCUGUUCAAAAGAUUUGGGGAUCAUUUAUUAUACACGAUUCACCUAUUAUUUCCGUUUAUGAUGCCAGGGGUGGAGUUUACAACGCCACUGUCCCCGAAGGUGCAGAUGGUGAUAUCUCGUGGCCGGCGUGGUGCGAGUCUAAGCCGGUGUUGAUGAACCUGAAUACAACUGGUGGCACUCUGCGUUAUCAUAGGGUGACUGAUCACCUUGCGUUCUGGAUUCGUGAAGGGCGUGAUAUCUCGAAUGAAUUUAGCCUAGCAAAUGCAAGCAGCUGGGAGGGUGGUCGUGGGGAACGCUGUCAGUUUUGGCGAGAGGUUGGUCCACGAGUACCCCAGUAG